ACAUGAAGAAGGCUCAAAUUUUCGUUUGAUAUUUUCAGAAUCUAGUAUUUGAUUUGAAAUGAAUUUAUAAUUCAAUUAAGAAGUUCUUUGAAAGAGGACUCAGUUCCCGCCUCUUAUUUCACUUACAUAGAGCUAGGUAUUGAAGACCUCAUGUCAGGUACAACAGAGUUAUUAAACUGGAGCUCAAGCUUAUUAUUAUCAUCAAUCUUUAUAACUUUACAUGGAUUUUACCUAUAUAUAUAUAUGAACACAUCCCUUCGCUCAUUUUUCAUUUUAUAUACUUGAGUCUUGAUACUCUCUAUCUUAAAAUUUGGCAUCUUCCACUAUGACCUCGAAUAUGGCUGAUAUCAUUGCACCAAUUGUCGCUCCAUUACCUGACCCUCCUGAAGAUCGAUACUUCACAGAUUUGCAAUGGAGUACAUUAAUGGCAAUCAUGGAUACAGUAAUUCCUUCAAUACAUAAAGCUUCAGCCACGAAUGAUCCAUUCAGUCAACUCUCAGUUCCCGAUGAACAGUACAGUGAUGCUGUAACUCACAUGCGAACAUCAAUCUCAUCGCCACCGUCAACGGAAGCAUUAGAAGCAUACCUCAAUGAAAAGCCGUCCGAUAUUCUAGCUUUUCAAGACAUUCUCCUUCGUACUUUGACCACAUAUGCUCGUGAGGAUGCUCGGAAAGUCCUUGGUUUCAUUCUCACCACUCUCAAUACCCGCCUCGGCUCAUUAUUGCUCACAGGCUACGCUUCACCCCUACAGUCUCAUCCAAUCAACAUCCGUGAAUCAAUCCUUGCUAAUUGGCGCAAUUCAUACCUCUUUCCCCUUCGUGCCAUUGCCAAUACAAUGUCUUUAUUAGGUAAACACAUUUGGCUGAAAACGUCACCAAACUUCGAUCGAGUCACGGGAUUUGCCAAAGUUCCCGAUCAAUAUAAGCCAGGUCCUCAUUACGAGUAUGAGUUUCUUCAAUUUUCGGCAGGCGAGGAACCUUGGAUUAUUGAGACAGAUGUUGUGAUUGUGGGAAGUGGAUGCGGAGGUGCAGUUUGUGCGAAGAAUUUAGCGGAAGAUGGACAUAAGGUUGUGGUGGUGGAGAAAUCCUAUUAUUAUCCUCCUUCACAAUUACCAAUGUCCGAAGCGACUUCGGGUAUUCACCUGUUUGAAAAUGGAGGGGUAAUUAUGAGUGAUGAUUCUAGCAUGUCGGUUGUUGCGGCUAGUAAUUGGGGAGGUGGAGGAACUAUUAAUUGGAGCGCAAGUUUACAAACACAAGAUUUUGUGAGGAAAGAAUGGGCUGAGGAUAGAGGAUUGAAGUUUUUUGAUUCGACGGAUUUUCAGGAUUGUUUGGAUAGAGUUUGUGAGAGAAUGGGUGUUAGUGCGGAACAUAUAAGGCAAAAUCAUGGAAACCAGGUGUUAUUGGAGGGUUCGAGAAAGUUGGGAUUUAAUGCGAAGCCUGUUCCGCAAAAUACGGGAGGACAUGAACAUUAUUGUGGACAUUGCUCAAAUGGAUGUGGAUCUUCACAGAAGCAGGGGCCAGUUGUGUCCUGGCUACCAGAUGCCGCGAAGGCCGGUGCGGAGUUUAUUGAAGGGUUUAAGGUUGAUCAUGUUAUUUUUGAUGAAUUGGAUGAGAAAAAAGCAAUUGGAGUGAAGGGAGUUUGGACUUCGAGGAAUAGUCAGGGUGGUGUCGAUGGUCCUUUAUCUCAAAAAACAUCUCGAGAAGUUAUUGUCAAGGCGAAGAAAGUUAUCAUCUCGACCGGCACGCUUUGGACUCCUGUUAUAUUGAAAAAUAGUGGUCUCACAAAUCCACAAAUCGGAAGGAACUUAUAUCUUCACCCAGUCAGUAUGGUCGGCGCUGUAUUCCCCGAAGAUGUGAAACCUUGGGAAGGUGGUAUCCUCACAAGCGUAUGUAGCUCUUUCGAAAACCUCGAUUCGCACGGCCAUGGUGUCAAACUUGAAGCAACCUGUAUGAUGCCAUCCCUUUGCCUCCCCACUCUCAACUACCCAACUGGAUUUGAUUACAAAUUCAAAUCCCUCUUUUACCGCCACAUGAAUGUUUUCAUCUCCAUCGCUCGAGACCGCGACAGUGGACUUGUAUAUCUUGAUGCCAAGACUGGUCUUCCACGAAUCUCAUACACCCCGAGUGAUUUUGACAGAGGUCACAUUCUGCAAGGUGUCCUUGCUUUGGCAAAGAUCUGUUACGUAAGUGGCGCAAGAGAGAUACAUAUCACGACUCAGGGCGUUGAGCCUUUCGUUCGUUCUCCACCUUCUCUUUCCACCAAUUCAAAUGACUUUUCUUCCGACCCCGCCUUUCAAACUUGGCUCACGACACUCUCUACUAUUAAUACAAAACCUCCAGCAUCUCAGUUUGCAUCUGCGCAUCAAAUGGGUACUUCGCGCAUGAGUACAAGCCCGGAAAACGGAGUUGUAGAUCCCAAGGGAAAGGUUUGGGGUGUAGAAAAUCUGUAUGUUAGUGAUGCAAGUGUAUUCCCAAGCGCGAGUGGAGUUAAUCCGAUGAUUACGAAUAUGGCGAUUAGUGACUGGAUUAGUAAAGGCGUCAGUAAGGAAUUAAAUGGGCGAGUUGGCGGAGAGAGGAUCGAGGAAAGAGCGAGGUUGUAAGCAUUGAAUUUCGGGUCUUGGUGACGGGAUAUAUUGUCAUGAUUAAUAUUGAAACCGGCAAUUGAUUUUCAAUGACUAGGUAUUAGGUAUUUCGUUAUGGACCACAAAGUCAUUUACGACCCGUUUACUUCUUCAUUUGAUGGUUAGAGAAUCUAAUAUUUUUCUCAUGACUUGAAGCAUCUGUUUCUACGACACGACAUACGAUUUUCUUCAUAGCCUUUCACUCCUAAAGCAUUUAUAGCGCACUUUUUUUUUCGCUUCCAGAUCAACACAUCUCUGUCAUGUCUCUGGGCAGCUUUGGAAUCACUGUCUUGCCAUGAUCGUUCCCUUUCAAUGUUCACCAAGAGUUUCUUCUAUCAGAUGAUCCCAAACCUCUAGAACAGACCAGUCUUUCAUGAGAACUUCAUAAAUAGCAGUACCGAUAUUUCUAGGACUUAAAAGGUCUAGUCCGAAGGGAUUCCGAGAAAGAAAACCGGAAUAAUUUAUCUAAAUGC